UCUUACAGCAAUUACAGAAUGUACUUUAUGAAAUACUACUUUGUAAAAUGUUUCAUUUGCAAAUAUUUUCUCCUAGUCUCUUCACUGUCUUUUGACAGUAUCUUUCACAAAAUGAUUUUUAUUUUGAUAAAGUCUAAGUCUUACUUUUCUCAAUUAUUCUUUUGAUAUCCUGUCUAAAAUUAAUUCUGGAUUAUACAGGUUUUCUCUUGUGUUUCUUCAUGUGGUCCUCUUUUCUAGUCCACUGUGUCCAGCGUCUGGUGACGAUUCAGUUAAUUAUGGUAUGCAGGCAAACCUUCAGCAGGUUGGACUAGCCUCAUAUUGAACACCAAAAUUUGUCACUGCCCAUGCUGUGGUGGCUGCCUUCUUCGUGUUGGCUCCCUUCUAGCCCGAGAUACCAGAGCCAUGGCUCAGAAAAUGGACUGUGGUGAGGGGCUCCUCGGCUUCCAGGCUGAGGCCUCUGUAGAAGACCGCACCUUACUUAUGCAGACAUUGAUGGAGGCGAUCCAGAUCUCAGAAGCUCCACCUACCAGCCAGGCCCUGGCAGCUGCCAGUGGGCAGACAGCUAGUCCCCAGUGUUCACAGCCCCCAACUGCCAGUGAGAGGGCGGAUAUUCAAGUUUCAGCAGCUGCUGCAAGGCCUAAAACAGCCUUUAAAGCCCAGAAUGCUACCACAAAAGGCUCACGUGGUGUCUACAGUUUCUCUAAAGCACGUAAUGCCAAGGCAAUAGGCAAUACCCAACCUAAGACAGGCUUUAAGCCCCGGAAUGCCACUCCAAAGUGCCCAAAUGCUGCCUAUGAUUUUUCCAAGGCAGCAGCCAGAAGUAAAUUGGCUACUAGUGAGUCUGAGAUUACCUUAUUUAAGGCCCAGGAUGUCACUACUAAGGUGGGCCCAAAUCCCAACAAUAGUUUCUCUAGGUCUCCUAAUGCCAAUGAGAUGGUCACUGACCAGCCUAAAACUGCCUUCAAGGCUUGGAAUGAUACCACUAAGGCCUCUGUAGCUGAUACCCAGACCCACAGUCAAAAUGUAAACUGGGCCAAAAUGGCCACUUCCCAGGCAGACACAGAGACCAACCCAAGUAUCUUUGAACCUGAUGGUGCAGCUGCGCAGACAUCAGCAGAUAGUUCCCUGGCUCAGAAUUUGGAGUCCCGGACUAUCAUUCAUGGCAAGAGGACGCACAAGAUUAAUAACUUGAAUGUGGAAGAGAACAUCUGUGGUGAUCAGAUGCGGGCCCCGUUGGCUGCUGGGACCUGGAGGUCUGCACCAGUUCCAGUGACCACUCAAAACCCACCUGGUGUACCCCCUAAUAUGCUCUGGCAGACCCCACUGGCUUGGCAGAACCCCUCUGGCUGGCAAAACCAAACAGCUGGGCAGACUCCACCAACACGUCAGAACCCCCCAGCUAGUCAGUCUCCAUCAUCCUGGCAGAACCUAGUUGCAUGGCAGAAUCCAAUGAUAUGGCCAAGCCCCAUUGUUUGGCCUGGCCCAGUUAUAUGGCCACAUACUUUUGUUUGGCCUGGCCCAGUUGUCUGGCCAAACCCAAUGGCUUGGCAGAAUCCGCCUGGAUGGCAUACUCAACCUGGAUGGCAGAACACACCAGGCUGGCAGGGCCCUCCAGACUGGCAAGGCCCUUCUGAUUGGCCAUUACCUCCUGACUGGCCACUGCCACCUGAUUGGCCACUUCCCACUGACUGGCCACUUCCACCUGACCGGAUCCCUGCAGAUUGGCCAAUUCUACCUGACUGGCAGAACCUGCGGCCCUCACCUAACCUCGAACCCUCCCCCAACUCAUGUGCCUCACAGAACAUGAGUGCCUCACAGCCCCGAGAUGUGGCCCUUCUUCAGGAAAGAGCAAAUAAGUUAGUCAAGUACCUGAUGCUUAAAGACUACACAAAGGUGCCCAUCAGGCGCUCAGAAAUGCUGAGGGAUAUUAUCCGAGAAUACACUGAUGUUUAUCCAGAAAUCAUUGAACGUGCAUCUUUUGUCUUGGAGAAGAAAUUUGGGAUACAACUGAAAGAAAUUGACAAGGAAGAACACCUAUACAUUCUCAUCAGUACCCCUGAAUCCCUGGCUGGCAUACUGGCAACAACCAAAGACAUACCCAAGCUGGGUCUCCUCUUAGUGAUACUGGGUGUCAUCUUCAUGAAUGACAAUCGUGCCAGUGAGGCUGUCCUCUGGGAGGCACUACGCAAGAUGGGACUGCGUCCUGGGGUGAGACAUCCUCUCCUUGGAGAUCUGAGAAAACUUCUUACUUACGAGUUUGUAAAGCAGAAAUACCUGGAAUACAGACGAGUGCCCAACAGUCACCCUCCUGAGUAUGAGUUCCUCUGGGGCCUCCGUUCCUACCAUGAGACUAGCAAGAUGAAAGUGUUAAGGUUCAUUGCAGAGGUUCAGAGGAAAGACCCUCGUGUCUGGACUGCACAGUUCAUGGAGGCUGCACAGGAGGCCUUGGAUGCUAUGGAUGCUGCUUCGGCUGAGGCUGAAGCCCGGGCUGAAGCAAGAACCCGCAUGGGCAUUGGAGAUGAGGCUGUGUCUGGGCCUUGGAGCUGGGAUGACAUCGAGUUUGAGCUGCUGACUUGGGAUGAGGAAGGAGAUUUUGAUGAUCCCUGGUCCAGAAUCCCAUUUACCUUCUGGCCUAGAUACAACCAGAAUGGCCACUCCACAAUUCCUCAGACCUUCGCUGGUCCUAUUAUUGGUCCUGGUGGUACAUCCACUGCCAACUUCAGUGCCAUUGGUUUCUUCUGGGUCGAGUGAAGCAUUGGAUAGAUGUUGCAAUAGUCCUUUCCCUGAGUGAGGUUAAAGCCUCAGAUUUCUUCUAAAUAACAGCUAUGUAGAGAGCCACAUCCUGUUGACUGAUAGUGGCAUGCAAAAUAAACAUAUUUGCUAUAAAAAACAAAAACAAAAACAAAAACAAAAUUUGUCACUGCCUAACGUGAUCCUUGCUUUUUAUAAUAAUGGAAAUUAAAACUAAAGCAUAUAUUUACAGGAAAAAGCAGUAAUGAAAAAGUAUACCCAUAUCUUUAAAGAUAGCAAUACAUGAUAUAUUAACUAUUGUUACUCUCCUAUUAUUUUGUUUUAAAUUUUGUUCAUUUUUUUCAUAUAAAAAGCUAAAAUAUAAAAAGAUAAAAGACUAACUUAAAGAGUUGGCAAAGACCAGGCCAGCUAAGAACAAAGAACAGCAGUAAAAAUAGGAAAGGACUAGUUUAAGUAGGUUCACACUAUGACAAAAGGGAUCAGAGUGGCCCCACAUUGAGUGAUUUUCAAAUAUUGAACCAUUUUUCCAUCCUGUGGUCAUUUUUUGGUUGGGUUUAAUUUACUCAUAUUUCCUUGAGGAUUUUUUUUCUGUAUUCUUGCAGAAUAUUGGUUUUAGUUUUUGAUUCUUAUCAAAAACAAGUCUUGCACUUGUUUUAGUUUGAAGAUAAUAUUUACCUAUAGUAAUUCGACGGUAUCUCGUACUAUUCUUGUUCUCUAGAAGAGAUUAUGUAUAUUUGAUGUUCUUUGUGUAUUCAAAAUAAUUUACUAAUGAGGCUAUUUGAGCCUGCAUAUUUCUUAUUUGAAAGGUUUAUAACUUUAAAUUCAAUUUCAUUAGUAAUUAUAGGACUGUCCAUUUCAUCUAAGAUAAGAUUUGGUAAUUUUUGUUCUUUGAGGAAUUCACCUAAGUUGUUAAAUUUAUGUUAAAUAGACUUGUGCAUAGUAUUUGCUUAUCAUCCUUUGCUAUCUAUAGUAUUAUACCUCUUUUCACUCCAGCUUUUGGUUGUCUCCUUUUUUUUCCUUUGUCCAAGUUAUAGCAGUUUGUCAAUUUAUUGAUUUCUUCCAAGAAGAUUUUGUUUUCAUUGAUUUUUUUGUAUGGUUACUCAGGAAAUUUAUUUUUAAAUUUAAGAGCAGGAGACAGUAUAUUCAUACCAGGAAGAAAUUUACAUUAAUGUCAGAAAAUUCCAGGUGGCAGUAAAAAUUAUAGAUACAUUUACAUUUUGACCCUGUAGUUUUGUUUUACUCCUAUAGAGAACCUACAGAUGUAUAAGACAAAAUAAUACACUGGUGCUGCAGUAGUGCAUUAUAACAGCAAAAGAUUGAGAAACAAGGCUAGAGUCCACCAACGUAAGAUUCUUUAAAUAAUGGCAUGACUACAUACUGGAGUACUGUUCAAUUGCUUGUAAACUCUCUAUGAGUUAUAAAAUACAGAGCUUUAUCAAGGAUAUAUUGUUAGGUUUAAAUAUUCAAAGUGCACAGUGGAAUAUUAUUUAGCAUAAAAAAAGAAAUUAUAUCAUUUGCAGGAAAAUAGAAAUAAGCCAGACUAAGAUAGAUAAGUAUCUCAUGUUUUCUCUCAUAUGUUAAAUCUAAUAGAUAGACAGUAAACAGAUGAUAGAAAGCAGAACAGACUACUAGAGAAAAAGGAGAUGGAGGCAUCAGGAGGGAAGGUCAAGGGAGUACACAGAGGGGGAGUGAUGCAAGUUUAUACAUGUGUAAAUAUACCAAAAUGAAAACCACCAUUUUGUAUAACAAAUAGGUGCUACUAAUUAAAAAUUUUAAAAAUAAGAUACAGAAAAUAUAUAGCUCUUAUUAUAGAAGAAACAGGAGAAAUAAAAAUAUGUAUUUAUAUUUGUAUAAAAAAAUCAGUAAAAGGAUAAAUGAAUAACUAGUAAUAAAAGUGAUUUUCCUCCUAGGGGUCAGGAGAAAUAAGUGGAUGGGAACCAGGAUAAAAACAAGACUGAUUAGCAUAUAUCUUUUUUAUCAGCCAAAUUUGGAGUCAUUUUUAAAAACUUAACUAAAUUUUAAGUUUUUUAAUGUGUUAUAUAUUUGAACAUACCUAAGUAUAAAGAAUAGAAAAUGAACCUCUGUGUAAUGGUCACCCAGCUUCAAUAAUUAUCAACAUACAACCAGUCUUGUUUCAUCCAGAUCUCCACCCACGCCCUACUUUCUCUCACCCCUAAAUGGAUUAUUUUGAAGCAAAUAUUAGAUACCAUAUCAUUUAAUUUCGUAUAUACUUUAAUGUGUAAUACAAAGAACAAUGACAUAUAAAUAUCAGUCUUGAAAAUUUAACAAUAAUGCUCUAAUAAUCAAAUGUUAUGUUAACCCUUCAAUGUGUAGUGAUCUAUUUUUGAAACACCUAUAACAAUGGACAUAAUGAAAUGUAUUCUCUUCACAUUUUUGUUCCUUGAAUUUUUCUAGGUUAACAUAUAUGAAUUUCGUGCAAAAUUUCAAAAAAUUUCAGUAUUUGGCAUAAAUGGGUUAACUUCCCCAAUUAUUUCAUGGGAUGUAUUUUCUAUGUUCAGAAAGGGAUCUAAAAAGGUUCCACUCACUGUAUUUGAUUUCUUAAAUUUCUUUUAAUCCCCUUCUUUAAAAGAGAUGAAGGGGGAUACCUAGCAUUUAUUUGCAGAAGAAAAUGACUCUUUUUUUUCUGUAUACUUUCCUGAGCUUGGAGUUUGCUAAUUAUAUAUUCCUGUAGUGUCUCUUAAACUUGCUCCCUGAAUCUUACAUUUUCUCUCAAUGGCAGUUAAAUAUAAUGAUCUAAAAAUUGCAGGGUAUUUUUUAUUUUGUUUUCCAAAAACGACACUGUCCAUAUGAUACCUGGUUGUCUGUCUUAUUAUGAUUUUAAGAACUUAUCAGCCUUAUCCAUCCAGGAUAAAAUUCUCCAUCACUUUUUCACUUAGUGGUUUGAAAAAAAAGAUUUCAAGGUCAAAUUUCAAGACUUUAUGAAAGGAAAUGAGAAGAAAGGAAAGCUGAAAACAGAACAGACUGUGUUUGCUUUAUAUAUGUUAAUGUGCAAGAGAGUAUGCAAGACUUGUGUUCAUACCCAGGAGGCUAUUUGAUAGAAAAUAUACAAAAAGUUUCAUGGGGUUGAAUUGGUGAAUAUAAGAGAAAGAGAGAAUUUUAAAAGAACAUAAUCUGAAAGAUUCAUUCUUUAAUUAAAUCAAAUUUCCCUUUUGGGAUUAUGUCUCGUAAUAGUGUCGAUGUUGGUAAGAAACAUCAAAAGUCUUGAUCAUGAGCUAUUAUUGCCUUUGAUGCACUAAACAUAAUAUUUUUAUGAGACAGGCAAUUACAUAAUUUAAAAAAUUGUGUUUUAAGACUGAAUUGUAGCUAAUGUUCUAAAAUUAUUGUAAGGGACAUAAAGACCUAGUAAUACUGCCUACCAUCGUCCUCACUCCAAAUUUGAUUACUCAAAAAGAAAGUAAAAUAAUAUGAAACACAAAAGAAAAACUAUGCCCAACUGGAUUAUUAUAGUAUGCAAUAUUGAUUUAUUGUUAUAGCUUGUUCAAAAGCAGAUUUUGCUGACUGUUGUAAAGUGAGUUCAUAAUGUGUCAGAAAUCAAAAUCUGUGAAUCCAAAUCCAAUAUGUGAAUGGAAUUUAGAUUAACUAAAUAAUAAUGGAUUUUAUGUUUGUUUUGAUAAUAAAUAUUAUCUAUGUCACCUCUCUGACCUUUAGGUAAAUACAGAAAAAGAUUAUAAUACCCAGUGACCCAAGGAAUUAACCUAAAUAACUCUAAUUGUCUUUCCUCUGUCUCCCAUGAUUCUCAUGUCAGGACAAACACUGUUACUAAGUCCUUUCCUUUUACUAUUAUUUUGUAUUUCAGCUAUAUCCUUUCAUUUCCAUUUGUUUGAUUUCCAGGUUAUAGUACCCCGAUAUCCAAUAUAUUCCAGGUCUUACCAUCCGCAUUUAUUCUUUUCCUGAAAUGAUCUGUUUUUUUAAACUUCUAGAUAGAAAUGUGUAUGAUAUAGAACGUACAAGGCCCAAAAGGUAUCCAGAAACUUGUUAGUCCUAACAGGAGAUCUGAGUGUCACACAAGGCUCCCACUGAGGUUUCAAUCUGUUUCUCUGCACUGAGGUUUCAAUCUGUUCUCUUUUAAUACACUGAAUAAAUUCUGAGCUAUUAGCCUUGCAAGACAGAACUUUGAGGAAAGCCAGGACACGUGAGGUUGGUGUACUUAUUGGGCACUCAGUUGUCAAGUAGUCUGUUCGAACAACACAUGAGAACAAAUUUUAAAUAGGUGAAUAGUUAGAACUCAACAGAUGUUACUAGUGGGUUGACAAAUGAACAAGUAGGUGGAAGAAAUUGAGAGAAAAAUGAAUUUAUACGUGAUGAGUGAGCAAGCAAUCAUCAGUAAAACAGUGUAAGUUACUUGCAUUUAAGUAUUAUACAUCUCAUUGGAAACGUAAAUUAUAUUCACCUCUUCGUUAUCAUUUACUGCAGGGAUUAUGAUCAGGAAAA